AUGGCAGCUGUGCACCCUCUCGACCCCCUCACACCGCAGGAAAUCUCUCUAGCUGCACACAUAGUACGAAACAGCUUCCCUAGUAAUGAUCUGAUUUUCCGAGCAAUCACGCUAUGGGAGCCCCCAAAGAAGGAACUCAUACCAUACCUCGAGGCGGAACGACUAAAGGAACAACCUCCUAGUCCUCCACCGCGUAUCGCUCAAGUCCUCUUCUACGUGGAUAAGGCGACCCAAUUCCGCCGGGGCCGGGUUGACUUGGUACAGAAAAAAGUAACAGACGUAAAGAAUCUGGACGGUCACCAUGCCUAUGUCGACGCUGGGGAGAUGAAGAAGUGCGAAAAGGCAUGCUUGGAUGACUCGCGGGUUCAGGCCGCUAUCAAGGCUCUGCAAUUACCUGAGGGAGCGGUCGUUGUUUGCGAUCCCUGGACAUAUUCGCCUGAUGGCAUGAACGAUAUGACAAGGCGCUGUGUCAUGUGCUUCUUCUAUAUGAAGUUGUCGCCACACGGGGACGCCAAUCACUACGCCUACCCGUUGGAGUUCAUUGCCGAGCUGUCCGACGAGAUGAAGGUUAUGCAGGUCUUGAAAGUCCCCUCGGGCGUAAACGACCGGAUGAUAACUGCCGACGCAAGCACAUUGAGGCCAUUCGACAGAGCCAAGAUUCACACAACCAGCGAAUACCAUCCAGACCUGGUCCCGGAGCGCAGAACAACAGUCAAGCCUCUGACCGUCUCUCAGCCGCUUGGCCCAUCCUUCCAAACGACCGGAAACUUAAUCAACUGGGAGAAGUGGAGGUUUCGGGUUGGCUUCAACUACAGAGAAGGGCUUGUGAUUCAUGAUGUUACCUAUGAUAACAGAAGGGUCUUUCAUAGACUUUCGAGUUCUGAGAUGUUUGUUCCUUACGGCGAUCCGCGAGCCCCUUAUCCUCGUAAGGCGGCCUUCGACUUUGGGAACAAUGGUGCCGGUGUUAAUGCUAACAAUCUUGGCCUUGGAUGUGAUUGCUUGGGCCAUAUCAAAUAUUUCCAUUUCUGGCACCACACCAACGACGGUGUACCUACAAAGAUGUCAAACGUCGUUUGCUGCCAUGAAAUCGACGACGGUAUCCUGUGGAAACAUACCAACUACAGAACCGAUAACGCUGUUGUCACUCGAUCUCGUGUACUUGUGCUGCAGACCGUCAUCACCGUGAGCAAUUACGAGUACAUAUUUGCCUUCCAAUUCAACCAAGCCGCGGAGAUAUCCUAUGAAGUGCGCGCAACUGGUAUACUCAGUACAGCUUUCAUAGAUAGGGGAACCUCUGUCCCAUUUGGAACGGUUGUUGCUCCCGGUGUCAUGGCUCCGUACCACCAGCAUCUGUUCUCCCUCCGCAUUGAUCCUGCAAUUGACGGAUACGAAAAUUCCAUCAUGGUAGAAGAAUCUCAUCCCAUGCCAAUCGAAAACCCAAAAAUCAUGACGAACGUUGGCUAUAUUACGAAAAACGAGUUCAUCGAGAACGAAACACCCCUGGACACAGACAAUCGCGUCGGCCGUGUCUUCAAGAUUGUCAACGAAAAUAUCAGAAACCCCGUCACAGGCGGUCCAGUGGGCUACAAACUCGUACCACACUAUUCACAAAUGCUGCUCGCGCAUCCAUCCUCAUAUCACUCCAUCAGGUCUGAAUUCGGUGACUAUCCGGUCUGGGUUACUCGCCACCACGAUGACGAGCUCUUCGCGGCCGGAGAGCAUACAUUGCAGUCAACAACUGGUUCGGGUGUUGCGACGUGGAUCAAGUCGCGUAGGGCCAAUCCGGAGAGCGUUCGGAAUCAGGAUCUUGUGCUGUGGCAUACGUUUGGUACGACGCACAACCCCAGGGUCGAGGAUUGGCCGGUUAUGCCGGUUGAGAAGAUGACGGUUGUCUUGAAGCCGGUCAAUUUCUUCACGCGCAAUCCGGCUUUAGACGUACCGAUUUCUAAGCAGGCGGAUAACAAGAGCGUUUUAGUUGAGGAUGAAGGUGAAAAGGGUUGUUGUGCAACAGCUCGUCUAUAG